AUGGCUCCAGCAGCAGCAGAGGCGGAGAAGGGGUCUCCGGUGGUGGUGGGCCUGCUGGUCGUGGGCAACAUCAUUAUUCUGCUGUCAGGCCUGGCCCUGUUUGCCGAGACAGUGUGGGUGACAGCCGACCAGUACCGCGUGUACCCGCUGAUGGGUGUCUCUGGCAAGGACGACGUCUUCGCGGGCGCCUGGAUCGCCAUCUUCUGCGGCUUCUCCUUCUUCGUGGUGGCCAGCUUCGGUGUGGGCGCCGCUCUGUGCCGCAGCCACUCCAUGAUCCUCACGUACCUGGUGCUCAUGCUCAUCGUCUACAUCUUCGAGUGUGCCUCCUGCAUCACCUCCUACACCCACCGGGACUAUAUGGUGUCCAACCCAUCGCUGAUCACCAAGCAGAUGCUGACGUUCUACAGUGCCGACACGGACCAGGGUCAGGAGCUGACCCGUCUCUGGGACCGCAUCAUGAUCGAGCAAGAAUGCUGUGGCACUUCCGGGCCCAUGGACUGGGUGAACUACACAUCAGCCUUCCGGGCGGCCACUCCAGAGGUGGUGUUCCCCUGGCCCCCACUGUGCUGUCGCCGGACUGGAAACUUCAUCCCCGUCAACGAAGAGGGCUGCCGCCUGGGCCACGUGGAUUACCUGUUCAUCAAGGGCUGCUUCGAGCACAUCGGCCAUGCCAUUGACAGCUACACGUGGGGCAUCUCGUGGUUUGGGUUCGCCAUCCUGAUGUGGACGCUCCCGGUGAUGCUGAUAGCCAUGUACUUCUACACCACACUCUGA